AUGUCGGUGAAUUACGCGGCGGGGCUUUCGCCGUACGCGGAUAAGGGCAAGUGCGGCCUCCCGGAGAUCUUCGACCCCCCUGAGGAGUUGGAGCGGAAGGUGUGGGAGCUGGCGAAGCUGGUUUGGCAGUCCUCCAAUGUGGUGUUCCACACGGGCGCUGGCAUCAGCACCGCCUCGGGCAUCCCUGACUUCAGAGGCCCCCAUGGCGUCUGGACGAUGGAGGAGCGGGGCCUGGCUCCCAAGUUCGACACCACCUUCGAGAGCGCACGGCCCACACAGACCCACAUGGCACUCGUGCAGCUGGAGCGCGUGGGCCUUCUCCGCUUCCUUGUCAGCCAGAACGUGGACGGGCUGCACGUGCGCUCCGGCUUUCCUAGGGACAAGCUGGCAGAGCUGCAUGGGAACAUGUUCGUGGAAGAAUGUGUCAAGUGUAAGACGCAAUAUGUCCGGGACACUGUGGUGGGCAGCAUGGGCCUCAAAGCCACUGGCCGGCUCUGCACCAUGGCCAAGGCCAGGGGCCUGCGGGCCUGCAGGGGGGAGCUGAGAGACACCAUCCUGGACUGGGAGGACGCUCUGCCCGAACGGGACCUCACUCUUGCUGAUGAAGCCAGCAGGAUCGCGGACCUGUCUGUCACACUAGGCACCUCCCUCCAAAUCCGGCCCAGCGGGAACCUGCCGCUCGCCACCAAGCGACGUGGAGGCAGGCUGGUCAUCGUCAAUCUUCAGCCCACCAAGCACGACCGCCAGGCUGACCUGCGCAUCCACGGCUACGUAGACGAGGUCAUGACCCGGCUCAUGAAACACCUGGGCCUGGAGAUCCCCACCUGGGACGGCCCCCGCGUGGUGGAGAGGGCGCUGACGCCCUUGCCCCGCCCCCCCGCCCCUAAGUUCGAGCCCAAGGAGGAGUCCCCCACCCACUUCAACGGUCCAGCGCCAGCCAGCCCCAAGCAGGAGCCCACAACCGAGACCCCCGCCCAGCACAAUGGUUCCGGGCCCGUCAGCCCCAAGAGGGAGCAGCUGGACAGUCCGGGCGCCCGCAGGACCCCUAAAAGGGUGAAGACCGAGAUGCCUCCCAGCUGA